UAUAUUAUUUCUUGGUGCUUAUAAACUUCUAUAGAUAUUGCCAUUAAAUUCUUUGGCAGUCUUCAAUUUAACGUUCAUUGGAACAUCAUCCUUCGUAGUGCCUUGACGGCUGGAGAUAUGUUUUCAUCUUUGAAAUGUUUUGGAGCGAUGUGCAGAAGGGACCAACAAUCCCAAAAUUAUUUCUCUGUCACUCAAGGUGUUCGUAUUUUCUCCUAUAAGGAUCUCAUACUGGCAACAAGGAAUUUUUAUCCAGACAACAAGAUAGGUGCUGGAGGAUUUGGAACUGUGUACAAGGGUGUCUUAAAGGAUGGUACAGAGGUUGCAAUGAAGCAGCUUUCUGCCGAAUCAGAACAAGGUGUUCAUCAGUUUUCAACUGAGAUAUCUACAAUCUCUGCAAUCAAACAUGAAAAUCUUGUCAUGCUACUUGGGUGUUGCAUAGAAGAAGAUCACCGAAUUUUGGUGUAUGAAUACCUGGAGAAUAAUAGCCUUUCACAUGCCUUGUUUGGUUCCAAUAAUGGUGCAAUAAACCUGGAUUGGCAAGCAAGGUCCAAAAUCUGCAUCGGAACUGCACGUGGUAUUGCAUAUCUUCAUGAUGAAGUUACGCCUCGUAUUGUGCACCGAGAUAUUAAAGCUAGCAACAUACUCCUUGAUAAGGAUCUCAAUCCUAAGAUUGCAGAUUUUGGUCUGGCUAAACUUUUUCCAGAUAAUAUUACACAUCUCAGUACACGAGUUGCUGGAACACUGUAA